CCAUCCAUAACGAUAAGAGAUCAUGUCAUUCAACCGUCAAGCUCACACAAAUUUCUAGGAGUUAUCAUCGACCAGGAACUACGAUUCAAGGAACACGCCGACUACGCUCUUGCUAAGGGAACUAAGUACACGCUAGCCUGCAACAGGAUGAUAAGGCCAAUGAAGGGACUCAGAGGAAGAUGGAUGCGGAGACUAUACCAAGGAGUUAUCGUUCCGAAGAUGUUAUACACUGCUGACAUAUGGUGUGCAGGCAUAUUAGCAAAGGGCAAAGGCAACAAGGCAGGAGGAAGAGGAGCACGCGGCUUUGCCUCGAAAAUGGCCAGAGUACAAAGAAUGGCAGCCCUACUCAUCACAGGCACGAUGUGCUCAACCCCAUCUGAUCUGCUUGAUGUCCAUGCUAACAUCAAACCCUUUCAACAGACUCUCCAUCAAAUCUGUCACAGAGCAAUACUCAGACUAGCAACUCUGCAUGAGAACCACCCACUCCACAAGAGCAUCAAGUCCGCAUACAACUUCUAUGCAAAGUGCGAAUUCAAGAAAGAGAAACACCACCCAUCCCCCAUUCACAAACUCACCAGUGAGUUCAAGCUAAACCCAUCAAUGAUAGAAACCAUCCAACCCGUAUGGCACUACACGAAGUGGAUCCCAGACGUAGAAGUCCAUAUCACAGCAUCAAAAACAGCAGCCUACUAUGAAGAUGAACUGGCAGAAGAAGAGUUACAGGUAUAUUCAGAUGGGUCAGCCAUAGAGGAAGGAGUCGGAGCAGCAGCAGUGCUCAUGGAUGGAGAGCGGAAGGUGAAGGAGAGAAGAUACCACCUAGGAGGCAUUGGAGAACACACGGUGUACGAAGGGGAGAUUGUAGGCAUGCUGCUCGUGGUACAGCUGUUGAAAGAAGAGGUGAGAAGGAGGGGAAACAUUUCAACCAUGGCACUGGGAGUGGACACCAGGUGGCAGUGCACGCAAUGA